UCGAAUCUAGGUUGUGCCUUUAGAUUUCUAGAUAAUUAACAACUAAGACAGAAUGUUACACUUCUCCCAUUGAUUUAUCUAACCCGGCCUGCUUGGUCUGCUUCGCAAGCGUUCCCGGAAGUCUAGCAAAGUUGCGCCUCUGGGUUUAUAGACUCUGUGGCGAAGCCUUUUUGUCUUCUACCAAACCACGAUAAGAAAUGUAAGCGUCCGCACAGUGCUUCUAAAUAAACUUAGCGAUUUCAACCCAUGCUCCGGUAUCAUCACUACUGAAUGUCCAGCUCUCUCCCUGUCAAUUGAAAAUGUAUAAACUAGAUGCGUUUCGUGUAUUUUUAGAUGAGCGUUUAACGGCGGCUGCUGUGGAGAUUUUCGGGGCAGUUGAGAAAACGGUAGUAGAAUACCAGGAGGAGAAUGAUCGGCUACGGAGACUGCUGCGGAUCACACCAGAGAUACAACUAUGUAAAAUAGACCCCCUGCAGUUCUCUGUCUCUGAAGAGCAGGUUCCCCCUGAGCAGCAGGACUGUGAGCAGGAGUGGAGCCCCAGUCUGGGGCAGGAGGACCCAGAGACCACACAGAUUAAAGAGGAAGAGGAGGAAGUCAGGACCAGUCAGGAGGAAGAGCAGCUUCAAGGGCUUGUUGAUACCAAAGACUCCAUAUUCACUCCUUCCUGUGUGAGAAGUGAAUGUGAUCAGAUGGACCAACAUCAAGAAGCCAUACUAGCUGAACACCCAACUCUCAGUCCACUGAAAACGUCUAAACUACAGUUGUUUCGUGUGUUGUUAAAUGGAUGUUUAACAGCAUCUGCUGCUGUGGAGAUUCUUGGUGCGGUUGAGGAAACUGUAGCAGAGUACCAGGAAGAGAAUGAUCUGCUACGGAGACUGCUGGGGAGGACACCAGAGAUAAAACUAUGUAGAAUAGACUCCCUGCAGCUCUCUGUCUCUGAAGAGGAGGUUCCCCCUGAGCAGCAGCACUGUGAGCAGGAGUGGAGUCCCAGUCUGGGGCAGGAGGACCCAGAGCCCACACAAAUUAAAGAGGAACAGGAGGAAGUCAGGACCAGUCAGGAGGAAGAGCAGAUUCAAAGUCUGGAGCCUGAUGUCAUAGAAUUCAAAUUCACUCCUUCCUGUGUGAAAAGUGAAUGUGAUCAGGAGGACCCAGUUCAGUCCCUGACUCUUCCCCAAACCCAGACUGUGGAGAACAGAGAGAGUGACUCUAAACCAGUGGAUCUCAAACCUUUUGGCACUGUGACCCAUAUUAAGGAUCUUGCCAUUCCCUGUGACCCUCCAGAUAAUCAAAACAAUGCCUCCAGCCACAGUUCAGCUGUAAGCAGUGACACAGUAGGACUUGACAGCAGCCCACCAUUGAGGAAACACCAAUCCAAACACAGCACCACUUCUAAAACAACUCACAGCUGCCGUGAUUGUGGGAAAAGCUUCAGUAUCAAGAAGGACCUAACCAGGCAUAAACUGAUUCACACAGGAGAGAAACCAUUUAGCUGUGGUGACUGUGGGAAAAGCUUCAGUCAGAAGGGAGAUUUAGGGAGGCACAAACUGACUCACACAGGAGAGAAACCUUUUAGUUGUGGUGACUGUGGGAAAAGAUUCAAUUGCCACUGGCUCCUAACCAGACAUAAACUGACUCACACAGGAGAGAAACCAUUUAGCUGUGGUGACUGUGGGAAAAGCUUCAAUCAGAAGGGUCACCUGAACUUGCACAUAUUGACUCACACAGGAAUAAAACCAUUUAGCUGUGGUGACUGUGGGAAAAGCUUCAAUCAGAAGGGUCACCUGAACUUUCAUAUACGGACUCACACAGGAGUGAAACCAUUUAGCUGUGAGGUCUGCGAUAAAAGCUUCAGAUACAAGGGCACCCUAGCCGAACAUAUACAGAUUCACAAAGGAGAGAAACAACAUGGCUGCUCAAUCUGUGCUAAAAGUUUCACUCAUAAAACAAAUCUUCUGAGGCAUGUGGAUAAAGUCCACAAAGGAAGAAAACGGGGAAAAAACCUGAAAGACGAAAGAAAAUGAGGACAAAGAUGUUCAGUCAGAAGAUGGGAAUAACUGGCAGGAUGUGGACAACACUUUUAGGAAAGCAAAGCAAAUCUGGAUCAUUCAUGCUUUGGGGUUCAGAUGAAAAGGUGGUGUGAUCAAAUGGUACAUAGUGUUGUAGUAAGGUCACAGGUCUGCUGAUCAAAAUAUUGUUGACGUUUUCACGGAAUUACAAAAAGGAAUUCCUGGGCAUUUGUUUAGUAAUUUCUCUCAUAAUGUCUGAUAUUAUUGAUGCAUAAAAUACAAUUCCAGAAAA